AUGACCGCUCUCAACGGCUCCUCCGUUCCUGCUCCUUCGCAAGCACAACUCGACAGAGGAUACGGACCAGUUUCCAAUGCGACAGACUUCGGCUCGACCCCAGCAAAUCAUAUCGAAUCUUCUCCUUUGUCACAAUCUGUAGCACAACAGAACGGCGGGCGCUUCAACGAAGACUUCGAUGCGUCGCAGCGGGGCUCGAGUAUAAUAGAUUACCCAACGCAGCGGUCCGAUUCAGUCCUCUCGCAGGGGGACACCUUGAUCCCGUCGCGGGGAGGCACCCUCAAGAAGAAAGCCUCCCUGCGCAAGACAGGCUCCCUGAAGCGUUCGGGCAGUCGUCGAAGCUCAAGAGCAGGAAGCGUCCGCAGUCUAGUCCUUCAACCUGGUGCUGAAGCCGACGAGGCGCACAGCGCCUUCUUCUCUCCAGUUCCCACGACUGGUAACCCUACUGAAAUCCUCUCGGCCCGAUUUCAAGCCUGGCGCAAGGUCCUUAAAGACCUCAUCGCCUAUUUCAGGGAAAUACAAGGAUCUUACGAGCACAGAGCAAAGAGCAUCCUGAAGAUAUCCAACGUUAUCAACAACACCGCGGCGCCUUCGGUAUUUCUACAAUCUGGUGGUAUCGAUGAUGCCGUUCAGGUCUUGCGCACAUAUCACAAAUCUUCCAUUGCAGAAGCCAAUAAGUCCAGAGAAAUUGAGAGUGAUGUUAUCCUCGCCUUGAUUGGCUUGCGAAAUGAUUUGAACCAGAAGAUCAAAGAGAUCAAGAACCUCUCUGGCGAUUUCAAAAACUCUGUGGAUAAAGAGAUGGAUAACACUAGAAAGGCUGUGAAUGGCCUCCAGGAUAGCCUUGGACAAGCAGAUGUCGAUCCUGCUCAGAUGACUGGAAAACAGGACCCAUACUUACUUAAGCUUGCAGUAGAUCGCCAAGUUGAGAAACAAAUAGAUGAGGAGAACUACCUCCACCAGGCAUAUCUAAAUCUUGAAGCAUCUGGACGAGAACUCGAAUCUAUCGUGGUUGGCGAGAUCCAAAAGUCUUAUAAUGCAUAUGCUGGCAUUCUCAGACGUGAGGCAGACGGCGCUUACAAUACUGUGGAAGAGCUACGAACUGGACCAAUUGCUAUGCCAAAGGACCAUGAAUGGAACGAAUUUGUUCAAAAUGAUGAGCACUUUAUUGAUCCCAGGCUGCCUGACAUACGCGAAGGACUGAUGGAGCGCAAGUCGAAGUAUCUCAAGAGUUACACUCCCGGCUGGUACGUACUUACUCCCACUCAUCUCCACGAGUUCAAGUCUGCGGACAAAGCACAAGCACCUAUUAUGUCUCUUUAUCUCCCUGAACAAAAGCUCGGAUCCCAAUCCAGCGCAGGAGCAUCCUCGAACAAGUUCAUGCUCAAGGGUCGUCAAACUGGCGCAAUGCACCGUGGUCACUCCUGGGUCUUUCGUUGCGAGUCUUUCGAGACUAUGCUGGCAUGGGUUUCUGACCUGAAAACUUUGACGGAAAAAUCACCCCAGGAGCGCAAUGCAUUCGUGCGCCAGCACGCUCGAAGCGUGAGCGGUUCUUCGCAAAGAGCAGCUUCAAUCAGCAGUGAUGGGGUAAUGGAUGAGGAGGAUGAGGAACCAUUCUCUGCCACAGCUUCAUCUGUAUUAGCAUCAGGACCAAAGCAAGACGCGUCGCCACGACGUCCUCAAGCAGGUGGGCGAUUCCCGUCUGAUAUCCAGGUCAACACACAGCGUGGCUUACAGGCACCUCUUUCGCCAUCUAGUGGGAGUUCCAGUCUCGGAGAUGUCCAAGGUCACAAUGUAGCGGCUGCCAGCGCUCUUCCUGGCAGUGGUGUUGGCGCGCACUAUUCUCCAACAGCCACUUAUGGCGAGGAUCUAACUUCACCAACUCACGCGGCCCAAGUUAACCAAUAUGCCAUGGAGGAUCACGUCAAUCCUUAUACAGCUCGUCCACUUUCUUCUCAUAAUGUUCAUCAAAGACCCGACAGUUCUGUUUUACCUGAAGUUGUCGGGACUGGUUUGGGAGGUGCGGCGUUAGGAGUUGCCGGUACCCAAGUUUAUCACCAACACAAAGGCAACGAGGCGAAGGAGGCUGCGUAUAACCGACAACAGGAAGAGCGAGCAGCCGUCGAAGCUUCCAUGGUUGCAGCUCCCGAUACCUUUGAGCAGCAAUCUGAACAAAACGCUGCACGUGAAGCUGCCCUCUAUGCUGCACCCGAUGCAAAUCUAGCACCAAUUCCUUCUAAUGAGCAAAUGAUGUCUGGCGGACGCAGCGAGGCCGAUCUGACAACUAGCACACUCAAUAGCGAUGCGUAUCCUGAACGCGCUACAGUUGGCCCACAAACGCAAGAUGUCCCCAAUCCUCUUGAAACAGUUUUCAGACCUUUAGUGGAUGAGACGGCGCGACCAACGAUAGCGGCAGGACAGAAUCAUCAGAGUGUGCAAAGCAUCAGCCAGUUACAUGUUCCAGGAGAGUUUCCUAGGGGUAAUAAGGCGUAG